CCCGAAUAAGUUUGCAGCAUUCGUAGUUCUUGCUGUUCGGCAACGAUCUGACGAAGAUUAUGGCUGAAUACGUGCGGGGAGCUCCUGAAGUGGCAGUGAUUCGAAUGUGUAAUCCUCCGCUCAAUACGAUCAGGUAACAAUGGGGAAAGACUGGAAAAGUUACCAGUUUAGUCCCAUGCCUGUUUAGUUGGAAGCGAUUAAUCCUGUCCAUGAAGAGGUCUCGAGAAAGUGAAAGCUUGCACACACUUUUGGGUUAAUUUUAUGGGUCUUAAUAAAGUAAGACCCAUCUGUGAUUUGGGAUGGAUUUUUAGUGUUUUCCUCAAUAGUGUUAUCUGCCACUGAAUUUGCUAGCAGUGUGCAAAGGAAUAUUGUCCAGGUGACUAGUACUGUUGCAUAUUUGGAUUCAGUUAGAUUUAUUCCAGGAAAAAUGCAUAGGAACCAUCUAUAGUGUUUGUCUAUUAUCUUUGUGUUAAGUUUCUUUCUGUCAAGCUUGUUUCCUGGUGUUUACAUUGACACAGCAAUGUAAUUUACUUGGCCACAAUGCAGAAAUGUUUGCUUCUUCUAACUUAUAGCCCAGAUAUUUUUUGUUUUGUUUUGGACUAACAUCCUAAUACUAAUCAUUCAAGCUUUGCUGCGAGCUGGAUUUGAGGAAGGCAAGUGUACUGAGGUGCAAACCUGUCAGUAAAUUUUUAAAUCAUGUCUGUGUUUUUCCCUGAAGAAUCUACAACAAAUUACAAAAAAAUAAAAGCCAAAAUAAAACCAUGGGAGAAAGCACCAAACCUUCACACCACCUACAGUGAUCACAUGGGCUUCCUAUUUUCAUAAUAGCAAAACUGAUGUUUAACUAAGUCAGAGUUGAGCAAUAUGAAAAUUCAUUGUUGCACAGUGAGUUUGAACUUUAAAUAGGGCAUCAACAACAUUGAAAACAGUAUAUAUUAUGGCCCACCUACUUUAGAUUCUUCAACCCAAUAUGAGAAUACAGCCAAUAUGAGCCAAUUUAGAUGCCAAGAAAAAAAUAUUUUAUUUCAAGUAAAUUAAUUAUUAAUCAGCUAAUUAUCAUAUACACUCAUACACACACGUAUAUAGAACACAGUGUGACUGUCCUGAGUAAUCAGCUAAUUAUUAAAAACUAAACUCUAACUAGACUAGGAUAGCAAUUAUUCCAUGGAUUUUACCUGUAAACAUGUAAAAAGAGUGCUGAUCUCCAACAGUUCCUACCUAGAAGUUAUAAUUCUUUUUUAAUCCUGUACCUAUUCAACUGCCUUUUAUUUUAUCUCAUUUUUUUCUGAAAUUUGUUUCUUAAAUGCUAUUAGGAUUAGAGAUUAGUGCUGUUAUUACUUAGUGCUCAGUCACUUCCCAAAGUUUUAUGGAAUAUACAUGGGUAGGCAGUUAUUUUGGUGCUACCACAUGUAAGAUUACAGAUACAGCACCCUAUGCACAAAACUCAGAAAUAAGAAUGAGCCCCACUGAAUCUAGCUCGUCACCAAAAAUGCAGAUCAAAUAGUUCAAACUACAAAGAAGCUUUUAAAGUAAACUAUUAGUUCAUCCAUACAUUUUUAUAUCUUGUGGGACAUAUAUGAUUAUAUUACACUGUAUAUUUUUAUUUUAGGAAAAUUCUGUACAUUGCUUGGUUGUAAAUCUGGAAUGUGAUCAGAUAGAUAUGCAAAAAUGAAUUUCUAUUUUGCCCCGUUCCAACGAAUUUAUCUACUGUUGAUAUUCUACUUCUUAAGUAGCAAAAAUAAUAAACUCAAUUCAUUGGUAUAGAUUAUAUAUCAAUUUUAAAAAGAAGAAUAUUGCCUGUAUUGCGCUUUCAAUUUUUUCUUGAUAAAGUAAUAUGUGGAAAAUAAUUAUAUUUUAAAAUGAGGUAAUUUAUAUAAAUUCCGCUUUCAGAAUAAACAGUAAUGAUGGCACAAAAUGGUUAUGCAGGGGGAAAAAAUAUCAUGGAAAGAGUUCUGGUUAAUAUUUAAACCUUGAUGUUUUUAGACUUUGGAUUCUAUUCAGCUGACUCAGAGCAGUAAUCCCAUUAUGAAAUGUUCAAUUACAAUGUAUUAUUAAAUGAACUGCUUUUAUUUUUAAUUAAUUAAUUUAAUUAAUUGAUUUUAGUUAAUACCUAUUCGUCUGGAGUCAGAUGACAUACAUAGCAUAUUAAAGCUUGACGAAGUUUUAUAAUCAAUAGCUGAUAUCCCAAUCAUCUUCACAGUAAUUGGCCUUUUGCUUUUGUUUUGCUUUUUUAAAGAUUACAAAAUAAUUAAAUGAAUUUGGUAUCAAAUUUACUGUGGACAGGAUGAAAAUUGAAUUCCAGUUUUUGUCUCCAGGGCCCUGAAAAAAAGGCAUGAAUAAUAAAUUAGCCAAUAACAAAAUUAUAGUUUAGGAAUCCUGUGUACUACAGCUUAACUGAUGAUGUGGAUUGCAUACUUGCAGUGACCCACAAACAGGUCUAGUAAUAUAUUGUUUCUUCUAUGUUCAUGUUCCUUCAUCCUGUCCUUACCCUAUGUAUAAAUCUGCCUUAAAUUAUCCUUUAGUGUACCUCUAUUAAAAUAGGGUUUUCACCCUGGUAUUCUCCCAAUACCAUCCAAGUGCAAUUUUGAGUUUUGUUAGAUUUUGUUAUGGAAGUGAGGUGACUGCAGUGAAUUAAAAUAUAGGCAAUAAAGACAUUGGAAUCACAAAUGCAGGCAGCUAAUAAAAUACACUGGUGCAGUUUUCCGCCAAAUGGUACAAACUAGGCAGUGAAAAAGGCAGUGAAAAGUGAAAAGUGUAUAUGUGAUGAACAAUACAGGUAUCUUUCAUGCAUCAAAUACCUGCAUUAUGAGGUUACCUUCAGUUUCCAUUGAUCCUGAAAAUGAGAGAAAAAUUCAUUCAAUUCUUUCAUUAAUAUAUGAAAAAUUCUUGUUAGUGUUAUAGCUCCCUCUAGUGGCAAUUUUAAUCUUCUCAAUCUUCAUGUAUUAACAGUGUGUCAGAUUUAUGAAUUAUUUUAAAAACACAAUUUUUAGCAAAAAGCAAAGAAAAGUCUAAGCCACCCAGAAGAAAGACCUUAUCAAAAUGCAAGGAUAGGUCUGAAACAAAGGCAGGGGGAGAUAAAUAAAAAUUGUUAUAAUUUUUGAUGUUGCAAUAUAUGUCAAAGAAUAUAUUGCAGUAGUUCUUGAAGUAAUUAGAAAAUGACAUAGAUAUUACAAUAAUUCUAACAAUUGAAAAUAAAUAUAUUACCAUAUUAUAAUGAUCAGUGUAAGAAGCCAUUGUAUAGAUCAGGGGUAGUCAACCUUUUUAUACCUACUGCCCACUUUUGUAUCUCUGUUAAUAGUAAAAUUUUCUAACCGCCCACCAGUAAUGUGCCAUGUAUCGUCGUCUGCACAUGCACAUCGUGGAUUGGGUUGGGGGGGCGCUGGCUACCAGUUCUCCUUAUCUAUUACAGCUGGGUGGUAUGGGGGGAGAUGCGCGAGCUAUUCUGGGAUGAGGCUCUUUUGUUUGCAGUCGCAUUAUAGCGCCAUUUAGUUUCACUUACGUAACGUGAACUAAACUUAUGUGUGGGCAAUACAAAUAGUAUAUUUUCAAAAAUUUAAAUUGUCAUGGGAAAUUUUAUGAAAACCUAAUGAAAAUGUUUUUAAAUAAUGCUAUGAAUUUUUUUUAAAAAGUCAAUUAAAUUUAAAAAAAAGGAAAGUGCUUCAGUAUCGGACAAAACCCCUACCGCCCACCAUGAAAGCUGGAACGCCCACUAGUGGGCGGUAGGGACCAGGUUGACUACCACUGGUAUAGAUAGUGUACAUGAAGCUCAUGUACACUUGGGAGCUCAUGAACCCAAGCUUUAAACUAUACUUAUUUCAAAAAUCUGGGUGACCACUAAAUGGCAGCAAUAAAUUAUUGUUUGCUUUAUUCCUUUGCUGCAGUCUAGUUGUCCAGAUUUGUUUUAACCUAGACAAAUUAAGUCAUUUUAAAAAGAUGUCAAACUAUGGAAUUACUUUUGAAUGAAUCUGUUUUAUGAACAUUGAUUAACCUUUCAAGCAGAUUAUUGUUGCUGACGUAAAUCAUCAAGAUUUUGUCUUGUAUCUCAGCCUUUUUGAACUAUUACUUGAAGAAUUCUUUUGUUUUAUAUUGACGCUCAGGAAGGUGUAUCUUUUUUCUUACAUUGUAAAUGACUGAUUUAUUUUAGUGAUGUGACAUUACGGGCAUUAAAAGAAAAAGUAAAUCGUGCAAAUGUUGACCCCACUGUGAAAGCUGUUGUGAUUUGUGGGGCAAAUGGGAAAUUCAGUGCAGGUAAGAACUUUUCAGUCACUUCAGUUUUUUGUUAUAAUUGCUGAGCAAUAUUCAAAGUCAUACACAUUAAAGACAAUACAAACAAUGAUACAGAAUUCAAAUAAAAUUAGGUAACAUAAUGGAAUCUUAAGUCUAUUUGACACCCACCAGGCCUGACAAGUCGCCAAACAAAAUUUUACAACUUGUUAUGUCUGCAAGUAAAUCCAAACAACUAUGGAUUCUGCAAAUUGCACAAUGCUACAAAGUUUUACUGAAGUUUUCAAAAGAAAUGACUUAGGAGGGCAAGAGCCAGUGUUUCUAUUACAUUUACUCUAGCAUCUUAUAUUUCUUCAAAAACUUUUGAGGAAGGAUUUUGAAAGAUGCCAAGAAAUUCUGUAUCAUAUUUUGUUUCCAAAUAUGUUACUGCCUAUAGCUUAAAUGUCCUAGUUCCAAUAAUUGCAUUUGUUGAAAUUCUAUUGUAAUCAACUUUGUAUUGCUAUACAUUUUUCUUUGCUUUGGUGCUGCUUUUGCUUCAAGAUAUCCUAUCCUCAAAAGCCUCUGAAAUAUUCUCCCACCAAAAUCAUGGCUUGCCUAUUGGCUCCAAUGUGGACUAGUGUAAUGGUCACUCUCACAGUAUAAAAUGUGCUGCCUUACAUAGCCUCCAUCUUCUUAGUGUUCAUUCUUAUAAUCAAUGGUUGAACAAAAAGACCAGAAUACCUUUCCACCAGCAACCAACAAUCAGAUGAACAUAAAUUAACAUCAAGAUUAACAUGUGACCAGCAGUCCAGAAGUAAACAAUUCCCCACUCAAGGAACUGCCAAACAAGGUGCUGAUAUCAGAGGACUUUCUGUUAGUAUUCAAAAAGAUGCACUGAGUAUGGAGUCUGUAGUUGCUUUUAUAGAGAAGAGUGAAAAACCAUUUGUGGCUGCUAUUGAAGAUAUAGCUUUCGGAGGAGGCCUGGAGUUGGCACUGGGCUGUCAUUAUAGGAUUGCAAACAUGAAGGCUCAAGUUGGUUUGCCAGAAGUCACAAUAGGUUUACUUCCUGGAGCCGGAGGGACUCAACGGCUUCCACGAUUGAUUGGGGUACCAGCUGCACUUGAUCUGAUCAUCACAGGUAAAAAUGUGCCAGCUACUGAAGCACUGAAACUGGGGAUCUUAGAUGAGAUUGUUAAAGAAAAUCCAGUUGAAGCAGCUAUAAAGUUAGCACAAAGAAUAUCAGGUCAGCCAUUGGGACCUCGCAGACUCUCUCUGAAACAGACUCCCAAACUCCCCAACAUGGAAGCUUUUCUAUAUGAGGCACUUUUGAAGGUGAAGAAACAGGCUCCAGGAUGCCUCUCACCCGAAAUGUGCUUUCGAGCUGUGGAAGCUUCUGUGUACUUGCCCUUCGCAGAAGGAAUUCGCAAGGAAAAGGAGCUUUUUCUUCUCCUUCUCACUUCAGGCCAGGCUAAAGCAUUGCAGUAUGCUUUCUUUGCCCAAAGAAUUUCAGAAAAAUGGAUGUUGCCUAGUGGGGCAUCCUGGAAGACUGCAUCCCCUCAACCAAUCCGGAAAGCAGCUGUGAUAGGUUUGGGGACAAUGGGCCAAGGCAUUGUGGUAUCUCUGGUAAAGGCUAAAAUUCCAGUUGUGGCUCUGGAGAAGGAUAAGAAGCAUCUUGAAAUAGCAAGAAAAGCUAUCAAAGCUUGUUUGGAGCGCGAAACUUUAAGAAUGCAACAGAAGGGCAAAACACUGGAUAUCCAUAAAUCUAAAUUACUUCACUUCACUCUGGAUUUUGGUGCACUAAAAGAUGUAGAUCUAGUUAUUGAGGCUGUGUUUGAGGAUAUGGUUCUGAAAAAAGAAAUAUUCUGUAAAUUAUCCGAAAUCUGCAAGCCAGAAGCCUUUUUGGCCACUAAUACUUCUUGCCUAGAUAUAGAUGAGAUUGCUUCUAUUACUAACCGUCCCCAGCAAGUCAUUGGUACUCAUUUCUUUUCACCGGCACAUGUAAUGAAGUUAAUAGAGAUCAUUCAUGGACAGCACACAUCUCCUACUGCUAUUGCUACAAUUAUGAACUUGGCCAAAAUUAUGGACAAAUGUGGUGUUCUAGUAGAAAAUUGUUUUGGCUUUGUUGGGAAUCGGCUACUCAAUUCUUAUAAUGAACAAACAUAUUUCCUUUUAGAAGAGGGCAGUACUCCAGAGGAGAUAGACAAAAUUAUGGAGGAAUUUGGUUUCAAACUGGGUCCUUUCAAAGUAUCUGAUCUGGCUGGGCUUGAUGUGGGCUGGAAAUCUAGAAUAGGGCAGGGCCUGACAGGAGCCAACCUACCUCUUGGAACACCUCCCUGCCAACGAGAUGGUAAACGUUAUAGCCCUCUUCCUGAUGUCCUGUGUGAGAAGGGAAGAUACGGUCAGAAAACUGGAAAGGGCUGGUACCUAUAUGAUAAACCUGGGGGAAAGACAGCAAAGUCUGAUCCCUGGCUUCACAGUUUCCUUCAGAAUUAUAGAAAUGCCCACAACAUUACAACUCGCACCAUUACCCAAGAGGAGAUUUUGGAGCGUUGUCUGUAUUCACUUGUCAAUGAGGGUUUCCAAAUAUUAUCUGAAGAAAUGGCAUCUUGCCCAGAAGCUAUUGAUACCAUCUAUAUCAAUGGUUAUGGGUGGCCCAGGCAUAAGGGUGGUCCAAUGUUCUAUGCUUCUGAGAUUGGGCUGUCUAAGAUUCUAACAAAAUUGCAAAAGUAUGCUGAGGCUAAUCCUGACAUACCUAAACUACAACCCAGUCCCUUUCUGCAGAAACUUGUCACCCUUGGUAACCCUCCAUUGAAGAACUGGCCAUCCCUUGUGAGAGCCCAGCAAAGCAAGUUAUAAUUAAUGUUUUCUGACAAUCAUCUUCUUUACAUGCAAGUGGGAGAGUUUUAUUUUCCUAACUUAUUCUAAAGUAGCUUUGGGAUGCAUGUAAAUGUUCUCAUGGGUCAUUUUUAAGCUCUCCUUAUUCUUAGACUUGGGGUGCUACUGUUUGCAUUGUUUUCCAUUGUUGUGAAGCCCAUGCAUCUCAGGGAAGACCCAGUGGGAACAAUGCCUUUUUAAUAUAUCUUAGCAUUUAAUGAAAGCCUGGAUGAUUGUGUAGAUGAUUGUGAGAAAGGAUACUUGCACCCAUGCCCUGGCAACCCUUCAGUAAAUGGCAGAAUAUAACCUAUGAUAAAUUCAAUGAAAUCCUUUUCUUCUUUGAAAGAAAUUUACAAAGCAAAUUCUCUUUCAUCAGAUGGAAUGAGAGCUGAUAGGAAAAUAAAACAUAGAAUAUUUUUUCUACAUACAAGUUAUCAUUCAGUAUAAACAGCCUGUUUCCUGUUCUGCAACUUAACAAGACAGACACUGACUUCAGAGGAUAAUUAGAACUGCAGAAAAAAUAAUUGCUACCAACCUGCCUUCCAUUGAGGACCUGUAUACUGCACGAAUCAAGAAGAGGGCCGUGAAAAUAUUUACAGAUCCCUGGACAUAAACUGUUUCAACUCCUACCCUCAAAACGACGCUAUAGAGCACUGCACAGCAGAACAACUAGACACAAGAACAGUUUUUUCCCAAAGGCCAUCACUCUGCUAAACAAAUAAUUCCCUCAACACUGUCAAACUAUUUACUAAAUCUGCACUAUUAAUCUUCUCAUAGUUCCCAUCACCCAUCUCCUUCCACUUAUGACUGUAUGACUGUAACUUUGUUGUUGGUAAUCCUUAUGAUUUUUAUUGAUAUUGGUUGUUUCCUGAUUGCUUAUUUGUACCCUAUGAUUAUCAUUAAGUGUUGUAUCAUUAAGUGUUAAAUUUGUACCCUAUGACCAUCAUUAAGUGUUGUAAGUAUUGUACCUUGAUGAAAGUAUCUUUUCUUUUAUGUACACUGAGAGCAUAUGCACCAAGACAAAUUCCUUGUAUGUCCAAUCACACUUGGCCAAUAAAAAAUUCUAUUCUAUUCUAUUCAGAUUUUUUAACUGUUUCAGGCUGUAGUCUGAAAUACAGGGUGCUAUAGAAUAAUAUCUUUUCUGAUUUCAAAAAUGAGCCCACACCCUCUCUCCGCAAAUGAUAAAUUGUUGCUCACAAAGUGCCUUUUAUCAUACCACUUGCUUGAAAGCACAUUCGAGUAUUAUGCUGCCAAGUGUCUGAAUAUACUUGAUCAAGCCAUCUUACAAGAAGAGGGGAAAAAAACUUUGAUCUGAAAGUUGCUUACUAUUCUGGAAGUAAAUAUAUUCCUGGGCUGAGUAUAUUCUUUGCUUUUGUUCCACCUCAGUCUCCCAAGCCACUGUUUUUACCAAUUGCACCUCUGAAUUCUGAUUUUAAAAAAGUUAAAACAAAUAAUUG